AUGUCAUUGAUUCAAGAAGAAAUUGAUUUGGAUGUUGAUGAAAUGAAGCGUCAUAAUCAUAUAAAUGAAUCGUUUGCAACCGAUCCUGAAUUUGGAAGACAAAAUAUAAGAACAAAACGUGAACUAGGUCAUCGGGAUCUUUGGUAUGAUAAAUUAUAUGGAAAUUCACUUAAAGUUGAUGCACAUGGAAAUAUUCUUACAGUUGUUUAUGGUUUUAAAUUUAUUAAUAAACAUGCAGUUCGAGAAUUUUAUCCGAAUAAAUAUGUAAUUAGUGAUGAUCGUAUUUAUGUUUAUUAUACACUUUUUAAUCUAUCAAAAAUUUAUCUUAUUGCUUGUUUAAUGGAUUAUUUUUCUAUUGUGGCAACAUAUGUCGAAGAUCGAACAGCUAUUGAAUUUGGAGAAAAUAUUCUUUCAUCUCGUGCAAUUUUCAAAGAUGUUCGAAAUACUCGUUCUCAUGAUGCAAAAACGUUUUUAUUAAUCGAUAGUGAAUAUUGGUAUACUGAUAAAUUAAUGACAUAUUUAUUAGCAACUGAUAGUGAUACUAAUAAUUCAAAACGUGACUGGAAAUCACAUUUUAAUUAUAUUGUUGUUGAUGCACAAAAACCAUUAUUUUUUGCUGAAGGUACAACAUUAAGAAGAAUUGAUCAAAAUACUGGAAGUAUGAAAUUGGGUUCUAAUGCUGUGCAAUUACAACAAAAUGAAGUUUAUAGUGGAGACGAUGAAAAACUUCAAUCAAAUUCAACUGUUCGUCAUCAUUCAACAUUAUAUCAAACAUUUAAGAAUACACGUUGUUUUGAUCGUUCAAUAUCAGCAUUUCCAUCAAUACACACUCAUCCUGAUUUACCAUUAUACAUAAUACAUGAUCAUGAUGAAGAUGGUGAUCCAGAUGAUGAUAAUCCAUCAAAAGUUGGUCACGAUUUAGACUUUGAUGUUCGAUCAAACAUAACAUAUACAUCACCAAAAAAGACAUGCAGAAUCAACAAAUGA